CCACCAUCACCUUCACGUUUGCCACUUCGCCACCGUCGCGUACGUUCCAGCUUCACGAAUUAAUCUCACUACUUUCCAUCUAAUAUCUGCGACGCCAUGGAGGAAAGCAUCAGCUUGGAGGAAACGAACAAGAUUCGUAUCUCGCUCGGUCUCAAGCCUCUAACAGACGACAAAGCGCCCGCGGACGACAAGGACAAACAGGCUGAGGACAAUUAUGCUGCUCAGCGCGACAAGGAGGCGAAGGACAGGACGGCAAAGAAGAUCAAGGACCAGAUAGCCAAGGUGAGGAAUAAGAAGGAGCUCAAUUCGUCGCUCAAGGGAGCCACACUUGGUGACGCCGAUGCGGACACAGACGAUACCCUGAAAUGGCUGAAGAAGUCGAAGAAACGGGAGAAGGAGCUCGCGAGGAAGAGGCAGGCUGAGUUGGAGAGCAUGGACAAGAUCUUCCAGGGUGAUGAUUACACUGAGAAGGACCUGGAGGGGCUUAAGGUCAGCCAUGACUUCGAGGGUAUGGACGAGGGAGAGGCACGGAUACUUACGCUCAAAGAUAGUCGGAUUUUGGAUAAUGAAGAGGAUGAGCUGCAAAACGUUGAGAUGGCAGAAGAAGAAAAGACGAAGGAGCGCAACGAGACGAAGAUCAAGCGGCGGGACUACACUGGGUACGACGACGAAGAAUUCGUUGCUGGGAGAGAAGGUAUGAAGAGGGCUGUCUUGUCUAAAUACGACGAGUUUUUGGAGGGUCCGAAGGAUACGGCAUUUCGCUUGGGAGCUUCAGCGCCAUCAGGCAGCAAAGCCGCCCGUCUUGAAAAAGAACAAGCUGCCGCGUCCGUCAACAAGUCAUUGCUUUCGAUUGACUACGCAAAAAAUCUCGAAAUCGUAGACUACAUUCAGCCAGGCGAUAUUGGCUUCAAAAAACCCAAGACCAAGAAGAAACGUCCAUCACGCCGCGUUGCCGAUGAAUACGAUAUACCGCCCACAAACGGUGAAGACAGUAACGCCAUGGACGUGGAUCAGAAGCCUAUUCCCGUGCAACGCGAUCUGGAUGCGAAUUUCGUGGACGACGAUGAACUGCAAGCCGCGCUCGCACGUACGAGAAGGUCAAAGAUCAAGACAAAGAAACUCUCGCCGGAAGAAGUCGCGAAGAAAGUGGCAGAGGAGAGGGCCCGCGCAGAAGAAGAUGCCGCGAACGCAAUGAAGAUUGAGGACGAAGCAUCCGGCGCCAAUAUCGACGAUGACGACGAUUCAGGCGAAGGCGGUCUUGUCUUCGAUGAUACCUCAGAAUUUGUCCGUGCGAUCACCCAUAACCCCGUACCCGUCAAACAGGAACCCAAGGAAUCAAGCCCCACACGUACCCCCGCACCGACUGAGCCCACACCCAGAGACGAGCCCAUGGAGAUCGUGCAGGAGAUCGAGGCGGGUGAAGUCGUAGUGAAGGAGGAGGACGAAGAGGACGCUGAGGCGAUGUUGAACGCGAUCGAGAGCGCGAUUAAGCAUACCGAGGCCGAGGAACGCAAGGCCGGUAUUGCAGCGGAGGAUGUGGCCGUGGGGACGUCGACGGAGCAGACGUUCAACUCUGGUAUGGCCUCCACGCUCAAUAUUCUUCGUCAACAGGGCAUCCUCGCCACGCCGAGUGCAGACCAGACCGAACGGGAGAAGAUUCAGUUACAGCGCGAUUUGUGGCUUGCGGAUCAGCGGCGUCGUGUCGCUGAGAGAGAGAUCGAGAAAUUGCGCUCUCGGGGGUCGAAUAAGGAUCAGGCGCAGCGAGAGUACGAGAACCGGUUGCGCGAACAGCAGGAGGCGCGGGCUAACCUGGAAGCGUUCAAGAACUACAAGCCCGAUGUGAAUAUCGUGUAUUAUGACGAGUUCGGGAGGCAGCUGGGUCCGAAGGAGGCGUGGAAGGCCUUGAGUCAUAAGUUCCACGGGAAGGGUAGCGGAAAGAUGAAGACGGAGAAGAGGCUGAAGAAGAUCGAGGAGGAGAAGAAAAAGGAGGCGAUGAGCAGUGGGGAUACGCCGUUGAGUAUGAGCAAGGCGUUCCAGAUGAGGCAGGAGAAGACUGGACAAGCUCAUUUCGUCCUUUCGGUUGGAAACAGAGGCGCCGUUCCACAGGCGACAGAGUUCCUCGACCCCCAGCCCCUGUCCAAAGGCAAAACUGAGAAGUCGAAAUCCAAGGCCAAGUCCAACAAAGACUCCAAAGCCGCAACCUCACAGACCCUCGAUGGUGGCUUCAUCACUUUGCCCGCUCCCCACAUAUCGCACAACACUCAUUCGGCUUCCCCUGCCCUUGGAAGCGAGACGGGGUCUCCGGCGCCGAAGCCUGGGUUUGCCAGGAUUGGAGGCGGCGGUGGGUUCAACGAAGUUGGCAAUGGCAGUGGUAGUGGUGUGGGGACGCCCGUUCCAGGUCAGGGAGAUCGGACUAGGGUUACGUUCGGGUUGAAGAGGAAGGCUGGGGAGGAUGCGGGUGGGACGCCACCGAGCAAGUCGCAGAGGUAUCAGUGAUUAUGCUGCUUUCGUCUGACUGUUCAGCUCAGUCGAAAGGCUCUACGUGGCACUGCUGCUGCUGCUGCUAUCUGGAGUUCGGCAGGUCUUUUGUAUUGACGCACUGGUACGAGCCUGGACUUGUAUGGGACAUCUCUAUCUAUGAAAACUUUUUAAUGUCCCAGUGACAUCUCUGUCCCUUGUUUAGUCUGCACUGGCAAGCUGGGUCCUCUUCGACGUCUCCCGCUGGCGCCACAAACACAA